AUGGAUAACGAACGUCUCUCACUCAGAUUGCAUUCCUUUGGUGCGUCGACGUCUCGUAACUCCCAACACCUAAUCUCACCGAGCUGUAGGUUCUUGGACACGCUUCACUUGCUUCUCAUUUCGCACACUGUAUAUGUCUAUGCGGUUUCCGGGUUCGGAAAUUUACUGGCCCUCCUGGAACCUACCUGGUAUAUCUUUAUCUUAAUGGCUUGUACUCCCGAUGUCCUCUUUUUGAUACUGGAUCAUGACGCCCACAGGAGCAUCUUGGUACGCCAUAAGAAUCCCCAGCGAGUUGAAUGUAGCGUCUAA